AUGUCACGAGCUCUGGAUCAAGAAACGGCGGCGUCUCUAAAACGGGGAAAUCCUUUAGACGCCUACCGGGCAAUCGCGCACGCCCUAACACCGCCGGAUGAUGGCCUUCUUGAACUCGAGAUUUUGGGCAAGAAUCACCUUCUCGAGGAAGGCCAAUAUGUUAUUCGGGAUGGGCAUGCCGUCGGCAUCUCGAAACUGGGCCUGGUUCAGGCUUUCAUGGUUGCGAGGCAGAAGCUGAGGGAACAUCUUGACGGGAUCAACCCGCAGACAAGUGACGAAGUGCUCGAAAUGACGACACUCAUUCUGCUCUUUGACCCAGAGUACCUGACGGCCGCCAACUCGAGGAAGCGUGUCAUCCAAAGCGAGAUAGCCACCAGCGGCGCUACACGUUCGAGUCUCGAGAAAGAGAAGCGUUUUCUCGACAGCCUACUGACGAGCAGACUGCACAGGCACACCAAGUCACCCACCCUCUGGAGCCACCGCCGCUGGCUCAUCACCACGCUGGCAUCGGUAAACAUUCCGGUGGACAUCCUUGGCGAUAUGCGGGACGUUAUAUUCGUGGCGGGGGAGAGGCAUCCACGAAAUUACUACGCCUGGUGUCACGCUCGGUUUUUAGUCGGCUUGAGGAGACAUAACCCCCCAGAAGCAUUGGCAGCGGUGCAGGGCUGGUGUUUCCAGCAUCACACCGAUAUAUCUGGCUGGUCGUUUCUCUCCUUCCUCCUCAACGCCGAGGGUACCCCGAGCAGGGAGUCCGGUUGCUCGACGUUCACAGAGGUUCUUAACCUGGCCAACUCGCUUCGGCUGUCUAAUGAGUCGGUCUGGGUGUUCCUGCGAACGCUUGCAGCCUCGCGGCUGGUUGAUGACGAGCAAUACUCCCAGUUCCUCGCCGUCCAAGCAGCCGUUCAUGAGACAUCAACAGCGGCAGACCAGGCCGUGCUACGUGCUGCCGUGAACUGGUGUGAAACGUACCGGCCACGGACACACCCUGCGGGCAGUUGA